AUGAGCGGCGGAGGAAACAACGUCGUGAACAAAGUAUUCUACGCGACGUCGUAUCAUCCGAUUCAAGCCGGAAGUAUAGACGGAACAGACGUCGCGCCGCAUGAUAACGGCGUGCGUCGAGCUCUCCUCUGUUACAACGCCGGUCUAUAUGAUGCCUUUGGAGAUUCGAAAGCCGCUGGAGAUCCUUACUGUACAUUGUUCGUGGGUCGAAUCUCUCAUCUUACUACAGAGGAUACUCUUCGUGAGGCUAUGAGUAAAUAUGGCAAAGUUAAGAGCUUGCGCUUGGUCAGACACAUUGUGACAGGUGCAUCACGAGGAUAUGCUUUUGUGGAGUAUGAGUGUGAAAAGGAGAUGGGUCGUGCUUACGAGGAUGCUCAUCAUUCAUUUAUUGAUGGUAGAGAGAUUAUUGUUGAUUACAAUAGGCAGCAACUAAUGCCUGGAUGGAUACCAAGAAGAUUAGGAGGUGGACUUGGUGGUAGGAAAGAAUCUGGACAACUUCGUUUUGGAGGACGAGAAAGACCAUUCCGUGCUCCCUUGCGGCCAAUCCCUCAUGAAGAUUUGAAAAAGCUUGGGAUUCAGCUUCCACCAGAGGGAAGAUACAUGUCGCGAACGCAGAUCCCAUCACCACCUAGGAGAAAAGGAAGUGUGUCCAAUAGAGACGAAGGAUAUAAUCGGGAAGAAGAGUUUAAAGAGCAGAGGAGCCAUGUCAAGAGAGAAGGAUCUUAUCACAGUCAGAGGGAAAGCGAGAGGGCUUGUAGAAGACGCAGCAAAGACAAAGAGGAGCGUUCGAGAAUAGAGUCUCGGUCUGACAGAAAAGAGAGGUCACGAAUCAAAGAAGAUCGAUAUGGGGAUAAGGAAGAUGUUUCUGGCAGCAAAAGAUCAAACCAUAGAGAAGAACGUCCGCAUAAACGUCAUAAACACAGGGGCUCCCAUCAUCAUAGAAGGUCUUCUAGUCGAGAUCAUCAUUCUUCUGAGUAA